AUGAUGGGUUUCUUUGAUAAGGAUACUCUCCACCAGAAGGUGACAUCACUGGACGUGGAGAUAAUUGAGAUUGAGACUGUUGCCGUGGCGAUAUUUGAGCUCGUGGUGACAUUUGAGGAGACAACUGAGGAAAAGGUGGACGAUACUGAGGACUACCAGUUUCGAUACCGGCUGGCUUUAUUGGGUUGUAUUGAUUUG